GGUGCUCCGCUGGCGCCGGGCGCGAGGUUGACCGGCGCCCCAAGUGGGAGGAGACGAGCGCCCCGCCCGGCGCGGACGACGGGCCCGGCGACCUGACGGCGAGGCACGAGAGGGUCAAGCACCAGAUCCGCUCGCUGAAGGCCGAGGGGGCGAGCGACGCGAAGUGCAGGCGGUCCGUCCUCGGUGCGCGGUCGAGGUACCACAGCCAGUACAUGGACGUGGUCCGGAGCGUGCAGACGCACGUGGAGGCCAUGGGGCAGCAGCGGCGGGACGUUUCGUCGAUCAGGCAGCUGCUGGAGGAAGGCCAGCAAGCCUACUUCAACCGCCGCAACGGCUGGUCGCGGGUCCAGGCGGCCGUCAAGAUCGCCGGCGCGCUCAACAAAGUGGAUCUCCAGUCGAGGAGGACCAGGACCGCCGCCUACCAGGCGCUCCUCGGCGGCGGGGACGGCGCGAGCCCCGCCGACGACCUCCUGCGGGGGCCCCACCGCCGCAGCCUGCUGCAGGCCGAUCGGCGGCAGGCCGUGCAGCAGCUGUUCUGUGCGGCGGCGCGGGCCCCGCCCGCCAGGGCCUGAUCGGGGGCAGGGUCAGGGCUCAAUCAAGCCCGCACCCCAGAGCUUGUCUUGUCAUCGCACUGCGCAGCAGCGGGAGCGUGGAACAGGAGCGAAACAGCGAAC